AAUAAUAAUGAGCAAGAUUCUAAGGUGCUGUAUAUUUAUUUUUUUAUUAUAGGUGCUUUCUGCGAAGAGGAUGAAAAGCGAUUUUUGGUAACUGUUAUUAAAGAUCUCUUGGGUUUAUGCGAACAAAAGAAGGGUAAAGAUAAUAAAGCAAUUAUUGCAUCGAAUAUUAUGUACGUAGUUGGACAAUAUCCACGAUUUUUGCGAGCACAUUGGAAAUUCUUGAAAACUGUUGUCAACAAACUUUUCGAAUUCAUGCACGAAACUCAUGAUGGUGUUCAGGACAUGGCAUGCGAUACAUUUAUAAAAAUAGCCAUAAAAUGUAGAAGAUAUUUUGUGACGAUACAACCAAACGAGGCAUGUACAUUCAUAGAUGAAAUAUUGAGUACUAUGAGCAGCAUUAUUUGUGAUCUUCAACCACAACAGGUGCACACAUUUUAUGAAGCUGUUGGAUAUAUGAUAUCGGCUCAAGUAGAUCAAGUACAACAGGAUAUAUUAAUAGAAAAAUACAUGUUUUUGCCUAACCAAGUGUGGGAUGAAAUAAUUUCACGCGCUUCUAAGAAUGUGGAUUUCCUCAAAAACAUGACAGCUGUUAAGCAAUUAGGAAGCAUAUUGAAAACAAAUGUCGCAGCAUGCAAAGCGCUAGGACAUGCAUACGUUAUUCAGUUGGGUCGUAUUUAUCUAGAUAUGCUGAAUGUGUAUAAAAUAACAUCAGAAAACAUUAUUCAAGCUAUUGAAUUGAAUGGCGUUAAUGUCAAUAAUCAACCACUAAUAAAGGCGAUGCAUGUUGUAAAAAAAGAGACCCUAAACCUCAUAUCAGAAUGGGUAUCGCGUUCUAACGACAAUCAACUUGUUAUGGAUAACUUCAUCCCUCCUUUGUUAGAUGCGGUUCUCUUGGAUUAUCAGAGGUGCAAAGUACCAUCAGCACGGGAACCAAAAGUUCUCUCAUCUAUGAGCGUUAUAGUCCAUAAACUGCGAAGUGACAUUACGAAUGAAGUGCCGAAAAUUUUUGAUGCGGUCUUUGAGUGUACUUUAGAUAUGAUUAACAAAAACUUUGAGGAUCAUCCACAGCAUCGCGUAAGCUUUUAUGAGUUAUUACAAGCAGUCAAUGCCCAUUGCUUCAAGGCAUUCUUGAACAUACCACCAGCACAAUUCAAGUUAGUUUUUGAUUCGGUUGUAUGGGCAUUUAAACAUACCAUGCGUAAUGUUGCAGAUACAGGCUUAAAUAUUUUAUACAAGAUGCUCCAAAAUUUAGAACAACAUCCAGCAGCUGCACAGAGUUUCUAUCAGACGUAUUUUACGGACAUUUUGAUGCAGAUAUCGGUUGUUACUGAUACGUCACAUACGGCUGGUCUUGGAAAUCAUGCAAUUAUUCUAGCUUAUAUGUUCUCGUUGGUAGAAAACAAUAAGAUUACUGUAAAUCUUGGUCCAAUACCAGACAAUAAUUUCAUACAAGAAUAUGUGGCUUCAUUGCUCAAAUCUGCAUUCAGUCACUUGACAGACAACCAAAUAAAGGUAUUUGUUACGGGUCUAUUCAAUUUAGACGAAAAUGUACAAGCAUUUAAGGAGCACUUAAGAGAUUUCUUAAUUCAAAUACGGGAAGUUACUGGGGAGGAUGACUCUGAUUUAUAUCUAGAAGAACGGGAAGCCGCCCUACGAGAAGCGCAAGAGAGUAAAAUGUUAAUGCAGCGCAACAUACCAGGAAUGCUAAAUCCACAUGAAUUGCCAGAGGACAUGCAGGACGAAUAAGUUAAUGUUGAAUUCAAAAUCUGCCCUUUGCAAACAAGAAUAUCAAUGAACAGCAAAUUUCAAAUAUUGGAAGUUUGUUAAAAUAUGAUAAACAUCAAGAUUCGAGCGAAAGGAUAUAAUGCCAGCAUAACUGUAUACACUAUUCAGCAGCUAACAUCUUGAGAUCAUAUACAAUAUACACAUAUUUGAAUAUUCAACACUAAGCUCACCAAUUCACAUACGAACUUAACUACAGCAGUAACUUGUUUGUGUUUUUUGAAUAACAUAAUAAUGAUAGAAUGUACAUUAAAAAUUCAAAGAAUUAAAUUUAAAUUUGCCCAUUUAAAAUAAAACUAAAAGAAUUAAAAAUAAAGAUCAACAAUAAACGACAA